AAACUUAAGAAUAAAAUAAAGCCAAACAAUCCGGCAUCCACCAACUUAGUGAAACAGAAACCAAAUUUCUCAACUGUGGUGAGCUGUAGUGAAGCGCAGCCAAUGAGGUUCUGUUGCACAGGUCUGUCUGUCUGCCUGCAGCCCUUAAGUGCGCGUUCACAGAGGCGGGAAGCUGUGACACACUUUCACAAAUUGGAACAGCGAGAAUAUUUUUUUCACAUAGGAACUGAUGCUUUCACAUCAUUACAGACAAAAUGACUAGUGGAUAUAUAUUUUUAACGGUCCUUUGUCCAGCUUUGGCCUUCAACAUUUUUACCAAACCAGAGGAUCACUUCGAGAACAAAGAUGAGAAGCAUUUUGGACAAACACUUAUACCUUACGAAAAUGGAAUUUUGGUUCCCUCUUCAAAUACAUCAGCCCGAAAACUGCACCACUGUAAAUUGAAGGAGGGCUGUGCUGAAGUGAAUAUCAAAGAAGGUGUGACAAAAGGCCUUAAACCCAUUGUAUCAGCAGCCAAGAGCCAAAGUGGAAAUAAGCUGUUGAUAUGCCAGCAAGUCCGAAAACGCCACUCUUUCAUUGAAGAUUUGAAUGGAGUCUGCACCCUCAUGUCUAACCUGUGGGAGACUGGCCAGAAUUUAAGUCCAGCAGAAAAAGUUGUAGAAGAAAUGAAACAAAAUAAGAGCAACAACAAUAACAACAACAACAACAACAACAGCAAUGAUCCUGAACCAGAAACUAACACACUUGACUUGGGUCCUGAUAAAGAGAUUGCAUUUGUUCUGGAUGGAUCUGGAAGUAUUGGACCUGAAGACUUUGAGAGCGCAAAAGAUUUCAUUUAUAAUGUAAUGAAGAAACUGUGGGAAAGAUGUGUCAAUUGUAAGUUUGCUAUUGUUCAAUAUGGAAAUAUUGUAAGAACAGAACUUUCCCUGACGGAAAAGAAUGAUGCCAGAGAAGCUCUUGAAAAAGUGAAAAACAUCCAACAGAUCUUAAGUUACACAAUUACUGCAUCAGCCAUCAAUCAUGUGCUCGAACACGUUUUUGUGCCUGAAAAAGGGUCAAGAGAGGAUUCCAAAAAAAUGAUUAUCGUGCUGACUGAUAGGCGGAUAUUUUUGGAUCCAAUGAAUCUAACUGCAGUUCUAAAUUCACCAAAAAUGCAGAAUGUUGUUCGAUUUGCUAUUGGGGUGGGAUCAGUUUUGAAUGACACUAAGGGAAUGAAGGAGCUGCAGGAGAUAGCUUCAAAGCCACAUGAGAAACACUUACUUACAUCUGAUCAGUACAGUGACUUGGAUGUUUUCAUUUCAGAAAUAGAGUCAAACAUAAUUGGAAUUAAAGAUCCUGGGACAGAAAUUGCAUUUGUUCUGGAUGGUUCUGGAAGCACUGAGCCUGAAGACUUUGAGAAGGCAAAAGAUUUCAUUUCUAAAGUGAUGAAGAAGGUUUGGGAAAGCUGUUUCAGUUGUAAGUUUGCUGUUGUUCAGUAUGGAAAUAUUAUAACAGAACUUUCCCUACUGGAAAAUAAUGAUAAGAAAAAAGCUCUUGAAAAAGUGAAAGACAUCCAGCAGAUUAAACAACACACAAUUACUGCAUCAGCCAUCAACCAUGUGCUGGAACAUGUUUUUGUUGCUGAAAACGGUUCAAGAAAGGAUUCAAAAAAAAUUAUUAUUGUCCUGACUGAUGGGCGGAUAUUUUUGGAUCCAAUGAAUCUAACAACAGUUUUGAAUUCGCCCAAAAUGCACAAUAUCCUUCGGUUUGCUACUGGGGUGGGACCAGUUUUGGAUGACCCUAAGGGAAUGAAAGAGCUGCAGGAGAUGGCUUCAACACCACAUGAGAAACACUUAUUUCAAGUUGAUAGCUAUGCUUCCUUGGAUGACCUGAUUUCAGAACUAGACUCUAUCAUAACUGGAAUUGAAGCCCAGAUUGGUCCUUAUGAGAAUCACAGAGAAAACAGUAACAACAACGACAAGAGCAGUGAAGAAUAUGAGGAUUCUGAAGUCUGGACUGUUCCUGGUAACAUUUUUGGAGAAAACAGCAAAAAGAACAAUAACAACAACAACAACAAUGAGGACAGUGAGGAAAAUGAGGAUGAUGAAGAUGCUGGAACAGAAAUUGCAUUUGUUCUGGAUGGUUCUGGAAGCAUUGAGCCCGAGGACUUUGAGAAGGCAAAAGAUUUCAUUUCUAAAGUGAUGAAGAAGGUUUGGGAAAGCUGUUUCAGUUGUAACUUUUCUGUUGUACAAUAUGGAAGCAUUAUAAGAACAGAACUGUCCCUACUGGAAAAUAAUGAUGUGAAAAAAGCUCUUGAAAAAGUGAAAGACAUCCAGCAGAUUAAACAACACACAAUUACUGCAUCAGCCAUCAACCAUGUGCUUGAACAUGUCUUUGUUGCUGAGAACGGUUCAAGAGAGGAUUCAAAAAAAAUAAUCAUUGUGUUGACUGAUGGGCGGAUAUUUUUGGAUCCAAUGAAUCUAACAACAGUUUUGAAUUCGCCCAAAAUGCACAAUAUCCUUCGGUUUGCUAUUGGGGUGGGACCAGUUUUGGGUGACUCUAAGGGAAUGACAGAGCUCCAGGAGAUAGCUUCAAAACCACAUGAGGAUCACCUGUUUACGGUUGGAAACUAUACUGCUUUGGAGGAUUAUUUAUCACGGCUAGAAAUGAGCCUGAUUGGAAUGGAAGGUACCCAGCAAGGGGCAGGGUUUCUCUUUACCCUUGCAGAGGCUGGGUUCAGCACACACUUCACACAUGAUGAGACCCUUGUCUUUGGUGCAGUAGGGGCAUAUGACUGGAGUGGGGGAAUUAUUCUCAGUAACCAAGCAAAUAGCACCAUGAAUUUUCUUAAUACAACAUCUACUGAAAAGGGAUUUUCCUAUUUAGGCUACAGCGUGACAUCUGCACUAGGGUCCAGUGACAGCCUCUAUAUUUCAGGGGCUCCUCGGUACAACCUGACUGGUGGCGUAUUUGUGUUUGUCCGCUCUUCCCACAAGUUGAUCCAGACAUUGCCAGGGGAGCAGGUUGGCUCAUACUUCGGAGCAGAGCUGUGCACUUUGGACACUGACAGAAAUCUAAAGACCGACUACCUGUUGGUUGGGGCACCCUUCUUCCAUCAUAAGGGUGAGGAAGGGAAGGUCUAUGUUUACAAACUGGACAAUGGAGUGUUCCACAAGAAGGCCUGGGAGUUGCAAGGGAUAGAUGGUCACCUGUUUGCCAGGUUUGGGUCCACCAUUGCCAGUAUUGGAGACAUUGACGGGAAUGGGUACAACGACGUGGUUGUUGGAGCCCCUCUUGAGGGGCAAGACAGUUCAAUGGGCAACUUUGGAAGCAUUUACAUCUUCAAUAGCUUUGAUGGAGGCAUCCGUAGACAUUUCUCUCAGAGGAUUUCAGCUGCAGAUUUCCGGCAGAAGCUGAUGUUCUUUGGCCAGGCAGUCAGCAGGAUGUCAGAUCAGUAUAUUGCUGUCGGAAGUGAGGGAGCUGUUACUGUUCUAAAUGUAAUUCCUGUUAUAGAACUCACGCCAGCAAUAGAUUUUACACCUGCUAUUGUAUCCCUUGCUGUGCAGUAUGGAAAAUCAAAAAAGAAAUUUUUGCUGAAACUCUGUUUCAGUGUAAAGAGAGGGGACAUUAAACCAGAAGGCCAUCUCCCUAUAUUAUAUCAAAUAGACCUGGAUGUAGGACAGGAGAAAAAACGUCUUUCUUUUGGUGACAGUGAUUCAAUGCAGCAGACCUGGAACUUGACAUCCGAAGCUCACUGCCCUUCAGCUAUAGACACCACAUUUAUGGACUGUGAUGACUGCUUCUCACCAAUAAAAGUCAGGCUGAGUUUCAGCCUCCCCCACAAUUCCUUGGACCUCCCAGUUCGUGUCCUCGAUGGUCACAACCCAACUGUGUACACUGCACAGUUACCAUUGGAAGUAGACUGUGCAGACAGAAAAGUGUGUGUACCACAUAUAGUACCAAAUUUAAUGCUAAGUAAGAACAUGAUUGUGCUUGGAGCCUCUGACAGCUUCAAUUUAAAUAUUGCUUUGGCGAACAAGGGUGAGAAUUCCUAUCACACCAGCCUGCUGUUGACAUAUCCCAGCAUCCUCCAAUUUAACAAGGUGUCAAAGCACACUGGCAGUGUAGCCUGCAUAAAUAAAGUAGAGGGCAUCACCCCUCAGAUUAAAUGCAACAUCUCCCACCCUGUGCUGAAAAAUGGUGUUGAGGCAAAUUUCACCAUUUUCUGGCAGCUUGAAAAAGAAGAGACAGAGACACAAGAUGCCCAGAUCAGCUCUCUUAUAACCUGUGAGAAUAAUAAUACUCAAGUGCUGCAUAACGAAACCUUCAACUUUGGAAUAAAGAAAGCCUUGAAACUCCAUCUUACUGGAAAAGUUGAUCCUCCUGUAUUAUCAUUUCCUGAAGACAAAGAAGCCAAAGAAGCACUUCAAUUUACUUUUGAGAUAAUGGGUGAGAACAAAUACAAUGGCACCAUCAAAGUCAAUGUAACACUCUCAACAAGAGACUUGGAUGUCACAAUUAAAUAUACAGCGAAAAAGGGAAACUGUAGCCACAGUGUGAGAAACACUGAAAUCUACGAAAUCUUGUGUCAAGUGAGAGAGCUCCAGGAGACCAUUAAAGUAGAUGCCGAGGUCUUUGUCACCAGCACUCGAGACAAGCCUGAAAUUAAAGCUGAGGCAUCUCUGAACUACGAUACACAACUGUAUGAAUUAGUCGACCAGAGAGCUUACGAAGCGUUGUGCCAGGAAGUCCCUAUUAGGAAGCUGAAAGUGGUGAAAUCUAUCUCUGCCAUCAUAGGAGGUUCCGCAGGAGGCUUUAUUCUUCUGGCCAUAAUCAUCAUCAUCUUAAUAAAGUGUGGCUUCUUCCGGAGACGGUAUCAAGAGAAUCGGAAGUCGCAAUCUGAUGUUCAGCGCCUUUCUUCAACUGGCAAUUAAAGAAAGUGGAUGCUUCACUUUGAUGAAUAUAUGAGCAGGAAUCAGCUUGAUUUUACAAAUUUUUACACUUCCAGUGCAAAUUUUUAUGGACCCUAUGCUUUUUCCCGCUUGUCCACUGCUUAUAGCUUUCCUGACAUUCCCAGUAAGGUUAUUUCACCACAGACACAGUCCUUGAACAGUAGAGUUUCUUAAACUGAUGUUUUUGCCUGCAUGAAAGUUAUGUAUAACAUCAUUUACAUUUAUUCAUUUAUUUAUUAUGUCACCUGCCUGUAUAGGUUGUCUGUAUUGUGGCUGUUUACUGAUGUUCAUGAUGUUCAUGUUCAUACUGUUCAUUAUUUUGCUGUUUUCCUGUGACAUGAUUAUGCACCAUGCAUGUAAAAUCACGGAGGUGGAUUUACGUGCUAUUCACUUGCUAGAUAAGAAGACAAUCAUGUGCAUAAGAUGUACAAUUUUAUUUCAUUUGGUUAUAUAGCCAUUGAAUUGUGUUAUGUUAUUACCUUUUCAUAGCGGUUAAAGAAACUGUUGCAUGUUUUGCUGGCUUUUUUGCCAUAUUUUGACCAAUCUGUGUUUGCAUCUACCUUCAGUACCAUAUAGAUACAGUUUUUUUCUCUUACAGCAUAUACAAAGCUCUUUAAAUCUCUUUAUAUUUACAUCACUAGUGAAACAAAUGCCAUUUUAAUUAAGAGCGGUUGAUUCCUUGGUGGCAGCUUAAACAAAGCCUGCAUAUCUUGUUAUUCAUCAGGACAAAGGCCAGCAACUACUGGCUUCAGUUCACUGAUAUACACAAUCUCUGUGGUCAUCAUAUAUAAACAUAUAACCCCAGCUAGACUUACUGUGUUUGAACUGCAGUAGAACCUUAAAUAAAAGGAAGGUUGUUUUUAACCUAGUUCAUCUGUGCUUUUGCCAAAAAGCUUUGACAGUCAGCGCAUGAGAGCUGUGUCUCAGGGACUCAUGAAGAAGGGCUAGAUAUUCUUCAUUAUACAUACAUGGAAUUCUCGUGUGCAUUAGUUAUAUAUUCAAGUUUUUUUAAUCAAAAAAGAAUA